AUGUCGGCGACAGCCAGGGCCAGUUGUAAGGAGAUAUCUCCACAAUGCCCCGUCGAAUUCACCCCGCUAGGGUACUUCCCGAAUUUAGGUGCAAAUAUCUUUUUCUGCUGCUGUUUCGGGAUUUUUUUCCUUGUCGCCUUUGUGGUGGGGGUGUGGAAAAAGACUUGGACGUUCACAUUUGCCCUUAUCUCUAUUGCUGCGUGCUGGAAUGCGUCGCAUGCUGCUCUCGCCGUGGGCCCUGGGAUUUCCCGCAUAAAGCCCUACCUAUACACGUGGAUCUUUAUCCCGUGUGAUAUAAGCUGUCUUGUCUUGCAAGGAAUUGGUGGCGGUGUGGCAGCGAGUGGCGACCAGAAGAAUGAUAAAAGCCUGUUGGACAAUGGUAAUCGCAUAAUCAUGGCAGGCAUCGGCCUUCAGGUUGGCGUACUCUCGCUUUUCGGGAUAGUGGCCCUGGACUACUAUUGGCGCGUAUCCCGUUACCAUCGCACAUCGGUUUCCACCGAUGGGGAACGGGAGGCAUGGAGGGACGGGAAAUUCCGCAAUUUCGCCGGCGCUGUGUCAAUAGCGUAUCUAACCAUCUACGCUAGAUGCGUAUACCGCAUUGCAGAGAUGGCUGGAGGCUGGGGGUAA